AUGAAGGAGUCAGAAUCUGACAAGGAGUCGGAGCCGGUGGAUGUGUCUGAACCGGAGAAUCAGGAGAUGGAGGAAGAAGAAGUUGAGAAGGAGGAGGCUGUAAUCGUUGAAAAGGCAAAGAAGGUUGUUGCCCAGAAACCGUCAUCCAAAGCGGUUAAGUCUGUUGAGAAACCGGUUCCCAAACCCAUUCCUACUAAACCAUCAAUCAAAACCACCAAGCCCAAAAUUUCUACCCCUACAAUUGCACCCCAACCAGUGGAGAAAUCAAAGAAGAAAGCAGAUGCUGAUGUUGAGGGGGAAGUUCCUAAAAAGGAGACUGUUAAGGCUGGUGCUAGCAAGGGCCCUAGGAUAAAGACGGUUGCUAGGAAGGAUGCUGAAUCUUCCAAAGGCAAGGAGAUCAUGGAGCAGGAACCAAAAUCAGACCGGUUCCCUGCUGACACGAGGAAGGUGCCUGCUACUACUGUUGCUGAGGGUUCUAAACCCAAGAAAAGUGGUGUUCUGAAAAUGAAAAGUGCAGCAAAGGGUGCUGCUAUUAGUGAAGGGACCAGUACGAAAUCAGUUCAGGCUACUUAUGCCUUGGUGAAGCAGUUGAGUGACCAGAAUCAGAUGAUGCAGAAUAUGUUGAAUAGUGUUACUCAGCUUUGCACUGCUCUUCAGGAAUCCUACAAGAGAGUUGAGGUUCGCCUUGACAAGGCUGGUAUUCAGGGAGAGAGGAUUCUGAGGAAAAGGAUGAGUCAUCCCAUGCUGCUGGCGAAGAAAACACGUAAGAUGGACGAAAUUUUAGGUGUUCAGGCUCUAGACUUUGUGAGUUCGGAUGAAGAUGAGGUGAUGAAUCUUGGCCAGCAUUUGUCACCAAAAUCAUCCUUGAUGCAUCUGCAGCAACAAUCGGAGGUUGAUUCAGGUAAUCGAAAUUCACCUCUAAAUUUGCGAUUGCUUGAUCAAAAUCAGGUGUUAAUUGAGAAUAAUGUGGUGGAUAAUGCUGAUAAAAUUUAG